UCAGCGGGAAUAUUUGACACAAACCCAUUGUGCUAAAGCAGAGGUCAGCAGCAGUCAUGCUCUGGCUACGUUGUCUUUGCGUUAUGGCCUGGUGCAUCUUGUCAGGUUGCGUGGCCGCAGUCACUUUAACCCAGCCGAGUUCUGCCCAGGCAGAGCCAGGAAGUUCCCUUACCCUGGACUGUGUCGUCUCUGGGUAUAAUAUCAAUGCUCACCAUUUGAACUGGAUCCGACAAGUCCCUGGGAAAAUUCUGGUCUGGCUAGCAGCCUUCAGAUCAGGUUUCACCAUCUACAUUGUGGAUGAGUUCAAAGGACAGGUUAUCCCAUCCACCAGCGGCAGUGCCGGGUUUACAAUGGCACUAGUGGAGCCAUGGAGCCGGGCCCAUGCUCAGAAGGGGCCCCGGCAUGCUCCACUUGCACUGAGCCCCAAGACCCGGCAGGCUCACCCUGCCCACCGAGGGCUCCUCUACACCCCUUGCCCCACCUCCUGCUCCUCUCUUCCCCCUGGCCAGACCCCAGUGCACCUCUGGCUCCAGGCCUGUGGGGCCCCGCCUGUCUCCCCAGAGCUGAGCCUCCUGGCACUGGUGCAGACACUCCUUGGCACUCCUGGCCAGUCUCAGGUGGAGGGGGAACAAUGCAGAGGGCUUGGUUGGGCCCCUCCAGGCAAGUGCAACUUGGGACCAGCCCUGGCUGCGCUGCUGGCUCAGCCCGGCAGACAAAGUCGCCUCCCAGCAGGGCCGGUGAGUGUGGUCAGGAGGCAGGGC